AUGAAUGCUCUGCUCCUGAACCGCGCGCUGGGCGCCAUAUCGCCGCCAGCCUUUCAGCGUCAUGAGACCACCCGCCUGCUACAUGCUUUGCAGUCCACCUCAGUCCGCUUUGAUGGCUCGGCUGAGCCCGAUAGCGAUGCGCUCCCAGAAGAUGUCAAGGCGCAUGCCGCGGGCGUGAAUGCCAUGACUAUAGACAAGUUCGAGGGGCGAUAUCUUCUGUCUGGUGGCGCCGAUUCAUCCAUCUGCAUGUGGGAUCUCGAGUCCCGUGAAGCUAGCCCGGCCAACACCUUGUACCCGCUGGGAGCAUUGCAAAAAACUUCCAGAGCUCACAGCUUUGGAGUUACGCACGUCUCUUUCUAUCCCUUCGACUCACUCGCUUUUCUCUCCUCUUCCUACGACCACACUCUCAAAAUAUACUCCUCUGAAUCCCUCCAAGUCUCCGCGUCCUUUGAUCUCAACCAUGUCGUCUACUCGCACUCCAUGUCCCCCAUAGCUACCCAUCUCCUUGUGGCCUGUGCCACCCAGCAGCCUGCCGUCCGCCUCGUCGAUCUCCGUUCCGGAGCCGCGACGCACUCGCUUGCCGGCCACGGCGGAGCCGUCCUGUCCACCGCCUGGAGCCCCACCGCCGAGCACGUCGUCGCCAGCGGCGGCGCAGACGGCACCGUCCGCUUCUGGGACAUCCGGCGCAGCGCCGGCUGCCUCGGCCUGCUCGACAAAGAAGACUCGGUCGGCACGGUCGGCUUCGACGGAGUGGGCGGCGGCGCGCGCAAUCGGCAGCAAGGGCGUGCGCACGGCGGUGCUGUCAACGGCGUCGUCUGGACCGACGACGGCCGGCACCUCGUCACGACGGGCCACGACGAGCGUGUGCGCGUGUGGGACACCGCGACGGGCGCCAACACCCUGGCCAGCUUUGGCCCGACGAUCAAGAACGCGCAUUUGUCCGCCCUGCUGCCGUUGUUGUCGCCCCCAGCGCUUACGGCGCCGGGAAAGGAGCUGUUGUUCUAUCCGAGCGAGCGCGAGAUUCUGGUCUACGAGAUGUUGGAGGGCAGAUUGUUGAAGCGUCUCAAAACGCCGCACCGUUCGAUGGGUACGGUGGGUGCGGCUGGAAACCAGAAGCAGUUGAAGAACCGGACCACGGCGCUGGCGUGGCGCGCGCAUGACGUCGAGGUCUACUCUGCGCAUGCCGAUGGCACGAUUAGGGCGUGGGCGCCACGGACAGAGGAGGACGUCAUGGUGGAUGAUGAAGAAAGAGAGGAGGCGGAGCACGAGGAGCAGACAAGGAAGCGAAAGAGGGAAGCUCUAGAAGAGAUAUACAGGGAUUUUACUAAGAAGCAGAUGACCUUCAAUUAA